AUGCACCUCAUCCCAAAAGAGCUGGACAAACUCACCAUUUCCCAUCUGGGAUUUCUGGCCCAACGCCGUCUUGCACGUGGGAUUCGUCUCAAUCAUGCCGAAGCGGUGGCUUUGAUUUCGUCUAAUCUACAAGAGCUCAUUCGCGAUGGCAUCUACUCCGUCGCAGACCUCAUGUCCAUCGGCAAGACCAUGCUAGGUCGCCGCCACGUCCUCCCCUCCGUAACAUCCACCCUCGUCGAGCUCCAAGUCGAAGGCACCUUCCCUACCGGCACAUACCUCGUAACCGUGCACAACCCGGUUAGCAGCGAUGACGGAGAUCUCGAGAAAGCGCUGUACGGAAGCUUUCUGCCCGUCCCGCCGGCGGAUACAUUUCCCGAUCCCGAUCCAGAAGACUAUCUACCUGAGAAAAUGCCUGGUGCUGUGAUUCCGGUGAAGAGUAUGGGGGUUGUCCUAAAUGAGGAACGGAGGAGGAUAAGGCUUAAGGUUAUGAGUAAGGGUGAUCGGCCUGUGCAGGUUGGAUCACAUUACCAUUUUGUGGAAGUCAAUCCGCAAUUGCACUUUGAUCGGAUCAGGGCGUAUGGGUAUCGACUUGAUAUUCCUGCUGGGACGUCUGUGCGGUUCGAGCCUGGAGAUACUAAGACAGUUACGCUGGUGGAAAUUGGUGGACACCGGAUUAUUCGCGGGGGUAACUUCCUCGCUAAUGGUACUGUUGACUUGACUCGUGCGGAUGAGAUUGUAACAAAGCUGCAAGAAGCUGGGUUUGCGCAUGCGCCUGAACCUGAGGCAGAUAAUGCGCUGAUUGCGACACCUUGUAUGAUGGAACGGGAGGCUUAUGCGCGGAUGUUUGGCCCUACGGCUGGUGACUUGGUGCGAUUGGGGUUGACGAACCUUUGGAUCAAGGUUGAGAAGGAUUUCACGGCAUAUGGCGAGGAGUGCUCAUUCGGUGGUGGUAAGACGCUGCGAGAGGGUAUGGGACAGGCUUCUGCGCGGUCAGAAAAGGAGUGUUUGGAUACGGUUGUUACGAACGCUUUGAUCGUGGACUGGACGGGGAUCUACAAGGCUGACAUUGGGAUUAAGAAUGGGUUUAUCGUUGGACUUGGCAAGGCUGGUAACCCGGACAUUAUGGAUGGCGUUCAUCCGGAGAUGGUCGUGGGUGCUUCGACGGAUGUGAUCGCUGGAGAGAACAAGAUUGUGACGGCUGGAGGUAUCGACACGCAUAUCCAUUUCAUUUGCCCUCAGCAAGCGAACGAAGCACUUGCAUCUGGUAUCACCACAUUUCUGGGUGGUGGCACUGGCCCAUCCACCGGCUCGAACGCGACAACCUGCACACCAGGCUCAACACACCUGCGCCAGAUGAUCGAAGCUACCGACUGCCUCCCUGUCAACAUCGGCAUCACCGGUAAAGGAAACGACAGCGGCCGAACAAGUAUCGAAGAACAGAUCCGCGCCGGUGCAGCCGGCCUCAAACUCCACGAAGACUGGGGCUCCACGCCAGCAGCCAUCGACACUUGUCUUGAAGUCUGCGACGAGUACGACGUGCAAUGCAUGAUCCACACCGACACGCUCAACGAAUCCGGCUUUGUCGAAGAGACGGUGAAGGCCUUCAAGAACCGCGUCAUCCACACCUACCACACCGAAGGUGCUGGCGGUGGACACGCACCAGACAUCAUCUCCGUCGUGGAACACGACAACGUCCUCCCCAGUAGCACCAACCCCACCCGUCCAUUCACAAUGAACACCCUCGACGAACACCUCGACAUGCUCAUGGUCUGCCACCACCUGUCUAAGAAUAUCCCCGAGGACGUGGCAUUCGCGGAAUCGCGCAUCCGCGCUGAAACCAUCGCUGCCGAAGACGUCCUGCACGAUCUGGGAGCCAUCAGCAUGAUGUCCUCCGACUCACAGGCCAUGGGCCGUUGCGGUGAAGUCAUCCUGCGCACCUGGCAAACAGCACACAAGAAUAAAGCGCAACGCGGACAAUUGGCGGAAGAUGAGGGAACGGAGGCGGAUAACUUCCGCGUGAAGCGUUAUGUUAGCAAGUAUACGAUUAACCCGGCGAUUGCGCAGGGUAUGUCGCAUGUUAUUGGAAGUGUGGAGGUAGGUAAGAUUGCGGAUCUGGUGCUCUGGAGUCCGAGCUCGUUUGGGACGAAGCCUCUGCAGAUUCUUAAGAGCGGGAUGAUUGCUGCUUCUAUGAUGGGUGACCCCAACGCCUCAAUCCCCACCAUCGAACCCAUCAUCAUGCGUUCCCAAUUCGCCUCCUUCCUUCCCAGCACCUCCAUAAUCUUCGUCUCCCAAGCCUCCAUCGACACCAACACCGUGCAAUCCUACCGCAUCCGCAAGCGCAUCGAAGCAGUCAAAAAUUGCCGCACCAUCGGCAAACACGACAUGAAGUUCAAUGACACUAUGCCGAAGAUGCAUGUUGAUCCUGAGAGUUAUGUUGUGAAGGCUGAUGGGGUGCCGUGUGUUGCAGAGCCGGCGGAGAGUUUGCCGUUGAGUCAGGACUUUUAUGUUUACUAA